CCCCUCCAGCGCAAAACCCCUUGCAACCUGUCUGUCUGUCUCUCCUCUCUACCAACUGGCCAACCCACCUGAUGAUCAGAUUCCUCCUCUACUCCGAUCAUUAAGCCACCUCGAUCACAGAAAGGUUUUAUAUGGAGGUGGACUCCCCCGUUUUGCAUGGCGGCGUGCCGCGGCGCAACGCAAGGCUGCAGUGCGCGCACUAGAUCGCUAGCAGACCCGGGGCGUGUAUAGCUAGCUCCAUCUCUUUCGCUCUCGCUUCGGGUGCUUUGCAAGCCGCGGGUGAUGGCCGCGGCGUCGUCGUCGACGUCCAGGUCGCCGGCCGGCGGGCCGCUGCCGUACCGGUCGCGGUUCGGCGACACGACGCUGACGAAGGUGUUCGUGGGCGGGCUGGCGUGGGAGACGCCGUCGGAGGGGCUUCGGCAGCACUUCGCGCGAUACGGCGACAUCCUGGAGGCCGUCGUCAUCGCCGACCGCCUCACCGGCCGCUCCAAGGGCUACGGAUUCGUGACGUUCCGGGAGCCGGAGGCGGCGCGGCGCGCGGUGCAGGACCCGAACCCGACGAUCGCCGGGCGGCGCGCCAACUGCAACAUUGCCUCGCUGGGGCCACCGCGCCCCGCCCAGCCUCGAGGGUGGGCCUCCCUCAGGCCCCACUUGCAGGUCCCGUCGCCAGCGCCCCAUGGCCCACAUUUCCUCGCCAGAGGGUCGCCCCAGAUGAUGCACCAGCAUGAUGGUCUGACUGCGAUCUACCCUUCUCAAAUCGGGUACUGGUACCCACCUGACUUUCAAUACCAACAGGCCUUGGCCAAUCCUCAUGUGUUGCAGAACUACUAUGCUCAGCUGUACGGGCUGACCUCGCCUGGUACAGCGCCACCCUACCACCAGUACGUCGGGUACAUGGCGCCUCCGACUCCGACUCCGACGCCGAGGGCAGUGCUCCCGCCGCCGGCACAGCAGGUCGCAGCGCAACCGUUGCUCCAUCAUCCGACGCCGCAGAUCCAGGGCUCUUUCUUUCCCGCGCCUUCGCUUCAGCAAAACUUAAGGCUGCAGCAGCUGCCUCCUCAUGCUAUGCCAAUACCACCUCCCAACACAACAGAUUUGCAUCCAGCUGACCAGGUUGCCUCUGCAGCCGGAGCGACAAACAGAGACAACACUCCAGGCGCCUGAGGCCAGCUGAAGAUACAAAGUCAGAUUCGAAACUCCUUCAAACUGACUUCUUUUUUGACCGGAAGAAAAUGUGGUUAAGGCGAUUUCCAUCUCGAUGGAUCUGGUGCGGACGAAGGUAUUGAUUGUCUGUAACAGUCUCUCGGGAAUGGAUGUUAGCUCCAGAAACAAACAAGAAACAUUUCGUUCUUCCAUUGUUUCCGAUUCUUUUUCGAGUUUUGGCGAGUGGUUCAAUCGAUGAAUCCGUUGUAACCCCAAACUGGAUUUUCAUAUCAACAUCCCAUGAAUUCGCUGAGGCAAGUUUUUCUUUUUUUAA